AUGUCCGCCGCGUCCGUCGCCGCAGACUCGACGACGGCCAGGCCGUCCAGCCCUGGCGACGAGUCGCCCUCGAACAGCGCCAGCGACUCCGCUGUCAGUGUCGCCGGCACCAAGCGGUCGCGCUCCGACAUGGAGCUCGGGGAUUUGGCUGCGACCGAGGCACUGUCGCUCUCCAACAAUGGCGACAGCAAAACUCUGCAUAAGAAGGACAAGAAGCGGGACAAGAAGGAAAAGCACGGCAAGCCAAGUGACGGCAACGCGAUAGACGGCGCUGCCGAUGGCGAGGACGGCGGCGGCGAGUGGCAGACGAUCCGUGGCGGGCGUCCCACGAAGAAGUUAAAAAAGGUGCCCAAGAAGGACUCGGGCAACUACCCGGCCCUCACCUUCAACAAGAACGCCCGCCUGCAGAGCAAGAUCCAGGUCUCGGACCUGCGCAACCUCGUCACGUACAUUUUUGCCGACGGCACGGCGCCACAGUGGAUCGGGGUGCACCACCGGCCAUCCUUUCGCAAGAUCGUCACCAUUCUGGUGCCCGGGCUGGAGGAGGCCAUGUUCAAGACCGGGGUCGACUUUGCCCAGUGGAUGCAGCAGGAGGAUGGCAGCAUCGAGGCGCUGGAGCGCUGGACGAAGAAGGUCGCGACACCGCACGACGACGCCUACCCGCGCGCCCUCAACAAAGACAGCCUCCCCGCAGCCGUCCAGCCGCUCGCCGAUGUGUUCCCGCAGCUGUGGCCCGUGCGGGCACGCGGCAACGAAAAGUACGCCACGCUCUUCUCGCCCGUCGCCACCUUCUUGACGGCGCCGCUGCCCAAGUCGGCCUCCGACGACAGCAAACCCAAAGGUUCUGGGCCACGCUUCCGUUCGGACAACGGCGCAAAGGACGUCCGCACACGCAUCACCGAGUUCAUCGCCACCCCGCAAGAGUACAUUGCCAACGAGUUUGUCCUGCAUCCGGCCCUGCUGCCGGCGGACCAGCGCAGCGCCUUUGCGGACGAGCCCGGCUGGGUGCACACCGACGUGGCCGACCUGGCGGACGGCGAGGUGCCCGAAGCGGAGAUUGAGCAGGGCAGCAUCACGGCCGGCCGCAAGGUGUUUGCCGUCGACUGUGAAAUGUGCAAGGCGGCGGACGACAAGUUUGUCCUGACACGCAUCAGCGUCGUUGCCUGGGACGGCGAGGUCGUCAUGGACGAGCUCGUCAAGCCCGACGAGCCCAUUGUCGACUACCUGACGCAGUUCUCGGGCAUCACCGAGGCCAUGCUCGCGCCUGUCACGACCCGCCUCGCCGACAUCCAGCGCCGCCUGCUCGCCAUUCUCGACCGCCGCGCCAUCCUCGUGGGCCACUCGCUCGACUCGGAUGUCCGCGCCAUGCAGCUCACCCACCCCUUUAUUGUCGACACGUCCAUUGUCUUCCCGCACCCCAUGGCCCCGGCCAAGAAGCACGCCCUGCGCUGGCUCUCCAGCAAGUAUCUGAACCGCGAGAUCCAAAAGGGCCACGGCACCGCCCGCGGUCACGACAGCGUCGAAGACGCGCGCACCUGCCUCGACCUGAUCAAGCGCAAGUGCGAAAAGGGCAAGGCCUGGGGCGGCAGCGCCAGCGGCCAGAACGCCGAGUGGGCCGGCGGCGAGGGUGCCGGCGAGAACCUGUUCCACCGGCUGGCGCGUGCGGGCACCGCUUACCGGUCGCAGGGCGGACCCCAGGCGACGGGCGGCAUUGCCACGGGCAAGUCGACGGCAGCCGUCGACUGGGGCGAUGCGCGCCGAACGCUCUGUGGCGAGGCGGGCAUCGUGUUGGGCGGGUGCCGCAGCGACGCCGAUGUCGAGGCCAACCUGAUGCGGGCGGUCCAGGGCGACCCGGACGGCAAAGUGGUCCCUGGCGGCGGCGUCGAUUUUGUGUGGGCGCGGAUGCGCGAGCUGGAGGCGCUGCAAGGGUGGUGGAACCGCAACAAGCUGCCGGGUGGCGCCGAUCCCCAGCCAGCAGCAGCUGCUGCUGCUGCUGCUGCUGCACAAAGCCAAAACCAAAACCAAAACGGCCAAGGGCCGCCCACACUGCAGAUGCUGGAGGUGCUGAUGGCUGCCGAGGCGGACAGGCAUCCGGACGAGGAACAGCCCGAUGGCGGUAGUAGGGAUGGUGGGAGCGAAGCGUCGCCCUUGGAGCGCGCCGUGCGCAUUCUGGCCCGCCGUGUGCGGCGCAUCCACGCCCAGCUGCCGCCCUGCACGGCACUGGUGGUCUUGAGCGGCAGUGGCGACCCGCGGGCGAUGAGCCGGCUGCAGGCACAGCGGGCACAGCACAAGAAAGAGUACCACACACCAGGGAUCAAGUGGGACCAGAUCUCGGUGCCGUGGACGGACACGGAGGCACAACAGCUGCAGCAGGCGGUGCGGCGCGCGCGCGACGGCAUUGCAUUUCUUGCCGUGAAGUAA